ACGCGUCCGCCCAAAAGCCCCAGCGCGCGCCUGGCCGCUCCGCGCGAUCGCCAUCAUGAAAACAUUCGCCCGUCGUUAUCGUUGUUUCUCCUCCGUCCUUGCGGGCUGCAGAGCGCGGAUCGGAGGGUAAUAUCGAGCGCGUCGGGCGUCGGGUGCCGGGAUCGUCCGCACGAUCCGCGCGCGCGAGAGACCCACGGACACGUUGUAGCGCCCAACGACACGCACCACGGCUCCGUCCGCCCGUCCACUCCACCGUCGUCGCCGCGCACGGAAACGCGAGGCCCUGAAGGCAGCUCCGUUUCGUCGUGAUUUCGCGUGCCGUGCGAAGUGCGCCGCGAGAGGAUUGUAAAACGAGAGUGAGAGAGAGGGAGAGAGAGUGUGUGUGUGUGUGUGUGUGUGUGUGUGAGCCAGCGCGACGGAAGAAAGAGACGGGCGAUCCUCUGUCGACAGUUCUAUUGUGCGGGGGGUGUCCGCGGAUCGCGAUAAGGAUACGGCCGCCGCCACUUAAAUGCCUCGCACAAAUUUCUACUCCAUGUUGUGCAUCGGUUGCGACACGGCUGCGUGUUGGAAAGUGAGUACAUGGUGACACACGGUUGCAGAGGAGCAAUUGGGAAGAGAGCCGCAGCAAAGGACUACACCUAGUUAUCUUACACCAAGCUGACUGCAACUUUCCACUGUUUCUCAAGGCAGUGAUCGCAACUAGGAUUUAUUAAACGGGAAUUUCCUUGAUUUAACGAAGAGACACUGACACACAAAGACGACAGUUAUGGAACGAGAGUCAAAUCCUAUGCAAGCUCUGUGUCGCAGUGGCUGUGGAUUUUAUGGCUCGCCAGCUACUGAUGGCCUUUGUUCCCUAUGCUAUAAGGAAAAUCUAAAAAAGAAGCAACAACCACCAGUGUCAGCUGCCACCGUACCAACCUCACAGACUGUCUCCAGCAACGCUGGCACGUUGCAAGGCAGUUUCGGUAGCCCAGCAGCAACAGGAACGACGGCCCAACCUACCAUUCCUACUAUACCUCAGUCAACGUCGGAUCUGCCCAGUCCCAAAGAAGUAAACAGAGAAGAUCAGGAAAGUGAAGUAGGUGUAAGCAGUGCGGUAGCUGAAGGUUCAUCGGCGAGUAGUGGCGAUGUAGACGACUCCUUUGAUGGCAAAGAGACUGAUAAAGAAUCUAAGAAGAAGAAAAAUCGUUGUGCUGUAUGUCGCAAAAAAGUUGGUUUGACCGGAUUUGAGUGUCGUUGUGGAGGACUAUUUUGCGCCGUGCAUCGAUACAGUGACAAGCACGAUUGCAAAUUCGAUUACAAAGAAAUGGGCGCUCAAGAAAUUCGGCGCAACAAUCCAGUUGUUGUUGGUGAAAAAGUGCAAAAAAUUUGAACUAUUUAGUGUGUAGUCGUUGGGAAAAUGGUUAUUAUAACUAUAUAAACAAACAGAAUAUAAAAGAAAAACACGCAGAAAACGAGAUAAAUUAUCUGGCAGCUGAUUUGCACGUCGAGGGGUGAAACGAGCGAGCGUGUAAGAUCGUGUGCGAGAGCGAGAGAAUGAAUGUGUGUGUGUGCGCGCGCGCGCGCGCAAGAACGACAGUAAAAUUGUUUUGUAGCUGAAUGCCGAGGAAGGGUAUAGAAAGAGAAAAAAUGAAGAAGAAAAGAAACGAAUAUCAGACAGAACAAAUAAACGAAAGAUUGCAAAUUAGAAUGUGUGCGCGUGAGUGAAUGAAAUUCGUAAUUGGAUGCCAGUGCCAUGUAAGUUUCAGAUUGUCAUCUAGUGAGAGAAUUUUAAUUGAGAAUAUAUCUGGUUACUAACUGCUGCCAGCUUACUACUAUUAUUACCUAUUAUUAUCUUCAUGAUUAUUACGGAUUAUGAUUAUUCUAUAUUAUGUUUAUUAAUUUACUUAAAUAGAAAAUUUUUUGCGAAUAUGAAGCUCGUUUUACGUAAAGGCAGAACUCUUGGUGCGGUCAGUCGGUCCAGGACGUCUUAAGAGUUUUGGUUUGUUCGAGAAAUUUUAUACAUUACUGUUUCGUUUAUAUAUCAAAAAGUAAAAAAUAGGGAAUGUUGCUUAGGUAAUGGCUGACGUUGAUGGGUGAUCACAAUCUUAGGUUAAUAAUUAGUCUAUAAUUAUUAAGUAUAUUAGUCUAUUGAUUCAUAAAUAAUGCAAUGAAGUAUAAGUAGUACUGUGUGUUUAUGUCCAAUUUCACGUGAAUAUAACCAGCAAUUAUUACUCAUUAAAUAUGUUUCAACCUAUAUUGCAAAUAAUUAUUUACACUACGGCCGCCAAUCUGGGAUUUGUAAAUUAAACCCCUCUUUAACGUAUUUCUUCGAUUUCUCUUAGAACAAUAUAAAUGAAUUGUUAACGGUUGAAGUCGAUUAGUUUACUCGUUUCCUUUAUUUUUGCUUGUUUUGCGAGUUUUGUAGGGUAGCUGCGCGAGGUAUUCCGGUGCUGCACAGCAGCGCAUAAUGUAAGAGUAAAUGAUUAAUAAAAUGUCUAGAGAGGCCGGGCAUUAUAUGAACGACGAAAGAUAAGAGAACUAUUAAAGUUUGUAAAGUGUGAACGUAUACUAAAAACCGUGCGCGAAGGAUAUUACACUGAUAAAUUUUAUAAUCCACGUACAUACUUCUAUUUUUCUUCUCCGCGCUCAAAACUCGUGCCGAACUUUUCAUUUUUUCCUUUCUCGCCCGUAAACACCUUAUACAUGUUUGUAAAGUUAUAGCAUACGCGAAAGGGUGCUAUAGCUGUUCAACUUUCUUCUACUCCUGUAAAACAAGAUGAGUGAAAACGAUAAAACUGCGCAAAUCACACCUCACGUAUAGGUCAAUUCCUUAAGAGCUUCAUGGAGUGGGUUUGAAUUUUUCAAGAAAAGAAUAUAUUAAAAAGAAAUACACACUGCGACUUCCCAAUUUCGCGUGAAACAAAGUAACAAUGUCUCCUAUCUUUCUUUUUCUUUAUGUUAUCCCGAGACAAAGCGCUUAAUCUAAAUUGUGCUGCCGUGCUUUUACUUCUCGUUUUGUAAUUAGUGGACUUGUAUAAAAGUGAAUAUUAUUCGCCUAAAAAUUUAUUUUUGCGUCGCCUCGAAAAAAAAAACAUGUACAUCAAAUAUCUUAUUAUUUUCGAUAAAUAUAUAAAGCGUUCUGUUAAAUGUGUAAUCGUAAGGGUCUGUCAGACUUUUUAUGUGUCUUUUCUUUCUUCAGGCUUAAGCAAAUACGCCGCAUUAGUUAUCCCGUAUUAGUUACCAAAUAUACUUCACGCCGUCGUCGCCGAAAGUACUCCAGCCGCGAACGAGUUUUCUCUUCGAACACACGCGCAGCGAAUCGCAGCUGAAUUUCCAAAACAUUACCUAGAAAUUAAGGCAAUCGAAAACGGAUCUUUCGUUGAUGGUCAUCGAUAAUUCGCAUCGGGCACGAUUCUUCGCGAUCUUUACGGGACGACUUAUAUAUAUGCGCCGACUUCACAUAGACAAUAUAUACAUAUAUAUACAUAUAUAUAUCUAUAUAUAUAUACUUUUAUCUUGUAUCAAGAUAUUGUUGUCGAUGAAUAUGUUCUUUUUUCCUUUUUGGCGCACCUUUUUAAGAACGCUGACGAGAGAAAUCAGAAUCGUGUAUAGAAGAAAAAAAACGCACACCACACACGUAGACACACAAUUACAUUCACACAUAUACACGUUACACAUACACAGACACCGAUUAUCAGUAAUAUCGACGGAAUGGUUGCCUUCAGGCCUUCAUCCUAUUUUAGGCAUAGCAUAUUUUUCUAACGUGUAUCGCAAUAUCGGAAUAAUCUUGCCUAGCGAGAGCGAUCGAAUGAUAGGAGGAAAAAGAGGGAGAGAGUGAUUGAAGGAAUGCGUAUGUGGAGAGACUAAGUGAUGCCUGGGGAGAGUGAGGCAGAGGAAUGCGUGCAGGAACAUAAAUGAUUUAUAGAAGACGAGAGAUUGAGAGAGCGAGAGAAAGAGAGAGAGAGAGAGAUAAACAAAAAAGAUUUAUCAGCGACGAUCGUACUCGGCUGACUAUAUAAGGACGUAACACGAUGCUUGUAAUUAUUACGAUUGAUAUUAGUACGUUUAAGCUAUUAAAAAAGUAACAUCAACUUUAAUAUAUUAUAUGAUUACAAUUACCAUCCUUUGAAAAUGCUUUAGACAUUUAGGUUUCACGUACGUAAAGAAAGUUAGUGUGCUCCCUACCUACGCUCUUUCCUCUCUUUCCCCUUUUUAUCCCUCCUCCUUCUCCCCCUCGUCCCUUUCGUCCUCUCUUUCCUCCUGGCCCUACACGGGACCCUUUUGACAGUUCUCGAAAUGUUUAUAAUUAUAGCGGACUAUAUUUAUGUAUAUUUAAAAACAAAAUAUAUAUAAAUGCAUCGCCCCUAACGAAAGCCGGAAAUCGUUUUUUGUGUGUUCUCGACUACUUUAUAUAGAGCUCUUCAACUUAGCACCUCAUCGAAUUAUAUUGUAGCUGUACGCUGUACAAAGAAAAAAAGAGAGAGAGAGAGAGAGAGAUAUGAGGAAACAUCUCCCGAAGUUUGAACGAGGUGCGACCUUAUUUUCUCUGUAAUGAAAAUUUUUGCUGCAAUAAACGGUUUAUCUUUUA